AUGGUUGGGGAAGGCCCGAUUUCAAGCGUCAUGGUCAGCAGGUGGGGCCCAAGAAUUGUCACUCUAAUCGGAGCUUCCUUUGCCACCAUGGGUAUGGUAUUAAGUGCAUUCGCUAAUGGACUACCGUACCUAUAUAUAACAUAUGGUGGUUUGACAGGUUUGGGCUUCGGUUUGUCGUAUCUUCCUUGCAUUGUCAUCCUAGGAAAAUUCUUUGAGCGUCGUCGAUCUGUUGCAACGGGUAUCGCCGUAGCCGGUUCUGGUGUCGGUACAUUUAUUCUAGCCCCUGUAUGCCAAGCUCUCGUCGACAGUAUUGGUUGGAGGAAAACAUUUAUCGUGCUAGGCUUUCUAGAGACGACGUUACACAUAUGUGGUUUUAUCUAUGACCCAAAGAAAGUACCAAUACGAAGAAAGAAAACACAGAUUAACCAGCUGAAGCUGCCGGAGGACAGAUUGACGGCAGUAGACCUGAUGAUUAAAGGAAGCUGUCUUGGCUUCCCUGUACUCUCAGCUUCCAGUAUAAUAUUCGAAGAAAGUGGGCCCAGAAACCUAAAGUACAUGCCCACGGAAGAAAUAUUUGCCAUUGAAGAAGAAACUAAAGAACCUAACAAAGAUAUGAAUGGUCCCGAGAGCCCAUGCAAAAAGACAAACAAUGAAGAGAAAAUAAUUACCGAUCAUGCGAUGAACUGUGUUGAAAAAUGGGAGCGGCGCAGCAUUCGAUUUGGAAUUCCAACCUCCCGCAAAGAUCGGGUUGUGUCAGGUACUGGUCGUGCUGUUGGUAGAAAGACAUCAGCUCUUUCACUGUCAGCGAUUGAGGAGUCGUACUCCAGCUCAAUGAGAACACCAAGUUGUCAGACCAUUAGCGUUACAACUGACACACAAGAUGGUCCUAAGAAUAAAGAAGCUUCGGCUGCAAAUCACUCUGUCAUUAGCGUAAAUGACACAUACAACAGCAUCUCAGCUCUGGAGCAGUUUGGUCAAAAGGAGGCCAGUAAGCCUGAAGAGUUCAGUGGUCCUCUUAUACCCAGUCGAAAAACAAGAUUCAUGUUGAUGUUGAAGAAUAGAUUUGGCCAUGUGUUCAUUAUCAUGCAGCUGUUUAAAAAUUCAUUCUUCGUCUUGUUUUGUCUUUCAAAUUUUCUAAUCUGCGUCGGAUAUCAGCUUCCAUUCAUCUACUUCCAAUCGUUUGCUCUAACGCUCGGGAUUAAAGAAGAACAGUCUGCCUUCAUUCUAUCAAUAAUGGGUGUGACUGAUACCGCUGGAAGAAUAUUCGUCGGACUAUUAUUCCAUCGAAUCCCAAACGAGUAUCACCGAUUGACUGGAUACAUACUUUCGACCGUGGUGGCAGGAGUUAUUCUUCUGUUUAUACCUUUGGUGGGGAAUUUUGGUGGAAUGUUUUUCUUGUCUGCAGUGUACGCCACCAUAGCCGGGUCUACAGACUCUCUGGUGCCAGCUUUGCUGGUCGCCUUU